GUUCAAAAUGCUUUGCAGAGAUUCCUUCCUGUUUCUCGCGGUUCUCUCUGCUGCAGCUUUGGUUGAUGCCCGAGCCGCCCAAGACAUCACGACAGCCUCAUCUGUGAUUGCCUCCACUUCAGCCUCGCCAUCAGCAGAGCCAACAGCAUCAGCACUUCCUAAUUUCUGCGGUACGGGCUAUAUAGGCAAUGGCAAGUGUGGAUGGGUAUUCGCUUCUUCUACUAGAAGUACAUACUCCAUUAUCUGGUCUUGCCUUGCUGUUAUUCUGCUUUGCACUUACAAAGUUAUUCGUCUGCAUACUUGUUCCGCGGAGGAGCACGUGGCUUCUUGGCGUGAAAGGCCUUUCUACAGCAGGAAGCCACGGAAACUACUCUACAUGGGGAUGACUGUGAUAGCUCCAGAGGGGAUUACAGGCAUAGCAUAUGCAGAGUUGGAGGCUUCAAGGAGUGUCAGGCGCCAGAUGAUCAGUAGAGGAUACCGGUGGCUACCAGGCUGGCCAACCAGUCAGUCGACUGGUCAACUGACUGAUAAGUGAGCAGUUAAAGUCAAUCAGUUUAGACAUUUUGAAUCGUCUCAGUCUAUCAGUGAUCCAAUAGUCCAACUGGCAGUAACUGAUCAGUUCAGGGAUUCGAUUUUUUCGAUUUUGGAGUCAUUUUUGAAGCCUUUUGGAGAGGAUUCAGGGGC